AUGUAUUUCCAAAUCCGUCGUCUUUGUUAUGGACAAAUGAAAGAAAUUUGCGAAAAUCGUCAAACACUUGGUUAUCGAAUUAAACAUUCGAUCGAGAUUAUUCUUUUUAUUUUUUGGCUAAUUCGAAUGUCAUUAGCGAUAUUGAGUUAUUGCUCACAUAAAUUUAAUUAUUGGCUAUAUGAUCCAUGUGUGAUAUUGUUUUAUGAUCAAAAUCCAAAACUUUUCGUUCAUUAUACAUUUAUAGUGGCCAUCAUUGUAUUAACUGCAAUGAUGGAAACAUAUGUAAUUUUCCUGUAUCGUUUAGAUCCGAUCGUUCGUCAAUAUUUUUAUGAUAUGGUUGUUGUCAAUACAGAACAAAUUUCUCAAUGUUAUCAUUCACCCGAAGAAAUAAAACAAACAUUGGAAAACAUGUAUCAAACUAAUAUGAAACAAUUUGAUUACAAAAAUAUAUUUUGUUCAACAAGUUCUUUAUAUUAUAUUCAACGAGUUUAUUGUUGGAUCAAAACUAGAAUUCAAUUCAUACUUCUGCUUGGUCAUUUGGAUCUGAAAAAAGCAUCAUCAUACAAAUUAAAAUCAUUGCCAUAUUUAUCAAUAAAAAGUCGAUCAAUGUUAGAGCUCGGUCUUUCUUGUAUGGACAAAUUUUUUUAUUAUUUGCAUUUUGUACUAAUAUUAUUCUUUAUACCAGCCAUGAUAUUCUAUUAUUAUAUAACAUGGAAUAUGUUUCCAUUUACAGAAUGGCAAAAUUAA